ACAACAAACGUCCACAAUGCGCGCGCUUCUCUUAAUCUGUUUAUUCUUCGUUGGGUCCUCGUGGACCCACGGAACAACAACUGACGAACCGUUAGGAUGGCAUCAGAAAGUUGGCAUCAAAAAUGCCAAGAGGAUUAAACAGUUGGAGGAUCCCACACGAAGUGGUCGCAUCGUCGGAGGAGCUAUAGCACCUAUCUCCGCUCAUCCUUAUCUUGCCGGACUCCUCAUUGAUAUCGUUGGAUUCUCUUCGCCGUCAGCUUGUGGAGGGUCACUACUUUCUCAAAAUAGAGUCCUGACUGCGGCUCAUUGCUGGUUCGACGGUUUUAACCAAGUACACCGAAUCACCGUCGUCCUGGGCUCACAAUUCCUUUUCCAUGGAGGCGUAAGAGUACCUGCAUCUGCUAUUGCCGUAUUCCCAACCUAUGACUGGAGAACAUUCGCCAACGAUAUUGCAAUGUUAUAUUUGCCAGUUCAAGUUCCUCUUGCUUUUGAUAUCCAGCCGAUAGCUCUGCCAUCGGGGCCGCUCUUACACAUGGACUAUACUAACCAGACAGUCAUUGCUGCCGGAUACGGACGGUACUCAGACGUAACGAACCCCACCACGAAUACCAUGGCUAGAAAUGUCGAGCUGGAAGUGAUACCUCUACAGACAUGUCGAUCAUUCUACGGAGAUUUAGUGCUUGAUUCUAACAUAUGCACGAACGGCUACGGGCAGGUUGGUAUUUGCCAAGGCGACUCUGGCGGACCGUUGACAAUGAACGUUCAAGGACAGCAAGUUCUAAUCGGAGUGAGUUCAUUUGUAGCUCGUGAUGGAUGUGAAUUAGGAUAUCCUUCUGCUUUUGCAAGAGUGAGCAGUUACAUCGACUGGAUUCGGGUACAGUUAUAAAAACAACAAUAUUGUUAAAGAAACAAUCAAGGCUUUGGUGUUCGAUCAUACUGCUUCGGAUGGAAAACAUAGAAUCAUUGAUAGAUUUAUGAUGAACCUGGAUUCUUUAUUGUAUUAAAUAUUGUAAUCAUGAA